UGACAAUUGCACUUCAAGCCUCAUAUCUCGAAGACGAAUCCAUUAGAAAAAAACAGUUUUUGAUACGUUGGUUAACAUAACACAAGGAACCUCUAUGCAAAAUUCAAGCUCACCGAAGUUAACCAGACCUUAUUUUGGGAAAACUUGCCAUUUUUUGCUCUGUCUAUUUGUGCUCGUAACACCCCCUCCCCUCUAUAAUAUCCUUCGCAGCUAAAUUAAAACACGGCUUUUUGACAACAUUAUGCAUGUAUAUUUGGACAAGUGAGCUUUAAAAAAACGCCACCGCCAACCCCAUUACACACACACACACGCACCAACAACCUGCGCGCUUGCAAAACAAGAAAAAAAUAAUCAUCCAUGCGUGCGAAAAGUAAGAAAUAAUAAGAGUGAAAAUGAUGUGUGCACCAGAACCAGAUCCACAGUUGUUAGCGGGUGUCAGGACCGCAUCCUCGGGAUUAGACAGUGAUGUGGUCUUCGCAAUCAAUAUGUGAAUAAUGGUAGAAGCACACAAGGAGACUAGGGAUUAAAUCUUCCCGGAGUGAGCUUCGCUAUCAUGUGUACAGAAUGUCAAAAGAGAGCCUGGUUCCGACCAGGAUGGCCGCUGACCAGUGAGUAGGGCGGAAGCAAAAAAUGUCUGUCGAGCGCUAUGAGACUUCCAACGAGAGAAACGGCAAGAAAUGACCUGCUAAAACCCCGCCAGAAGACCCCAAACCAGCCUCCGUGUCAUCACUGAUACCACAGACACUUAUUAUGGCAAGUGGAGAGCACGAUCUUAUGGAUAUACUAAUGCAGGAAGAGUCUGAACAGGCUACCGUUCAACCAAGUUUAGACGACCGUCUAAUACAAGCCCCGGGCUAUGGUCAGCAGAGUGUCGGCUUCACCUCCUCUGUUUCUCUCUCUGGCCAUGGCACAUCUAUGCAGCCAAUCCCUUCCCCUGUCAGCCAGCAAGGACGUGGCUACCACCCAAUGAGCCCUAACCAGGUCAUGCAGUCAGGGGCGAUGAUGCCGCAAGCAGAUUUGAUGGGAAGUCAGCAAUAUGGCUCUUACACCGAUAGUAGCUAUCAAGGCUAUUCCACGUACCCUAGUCAGGGGCGCAUCCCUCCAGCUAGCCCUGGCAUUGACAAUUACCCAAGUUAUAACCAGAAUGGUAGCUAUAUGGCAGGGGCCGGAGGUAAUUUGCCACAGUAUGGGUCUCAGAGCAGACCUAUCGGACAGCAUGCUAGUCAGUAUUCAUCAAGUUCUACUGGAUUUGGUGGGAGUUAUUACCCUGAUGGGUACCAGGCGAUGCCGCCCAAGUCUCCGGCACAGAUGCAAGGGAGUUAUCCUGGAAACAUUCCAUCAUACCAGCCCAUGAAUAGUCCAAGCACAGGGAACUUUCCAAGUACUUAUCCCAGUAGGUCACCAAUAUCGCCAGUGCAAACCCAAAUGUCAGCAGGAGCACAGGCUUUCUUUCCAUCCAGGUCACCGGUCUCACAAGCACUGCACUCUCCACCUGGUAUGGCAGGUAAUUACACUGGGCGGUCACCCACCUCACCCAUGGGCCAGACUGGAAUGCCGCAGUCUAUGAUGGGCAUGCCUAACAGGUCUUCAACAUCACCAGUGUCAGCAAUGAUGCCGCAGAGCAUGUACAGCAUGACGCAGCAGUACCCUAGCACAACGAUGACCAUGUCGCAGCAACAACAAGCGUCGUGCAUGUAUGCCGCCAUGAGGCUUGAGCAGAUGUCAAGUCAGUAUAAGAUGCAGGUCCCUACCAGCACACCCGGCCCUAGCUCAGCACGGAGGACGUCAUACACUGGGCUACAGAACCACACCCCUAGCAAGCCCCCUAUGCCAGCAAAGUCUCCUGGGAGGCACUCCGGCCAGUCGUCACCCCGACAAGCCUCACCACCGCAGUCUGUCAAGUCUCCAAUCCACUUUCAGGCCAACAAAUCGCCUCCUUUUCAUCCUCAAAGAUCCCCUUCAGCUUCUAAGCCAAGUAGUAGACCCCCUCCCUUAAGUAGUGUCCAGAACCCAUCCAAACAAGACAAGAAAGUUAUUCCACCAGCGUCACUGAAUGCUGCUCCAACCGAACCCUUAGAGAAAUCCAGUAUGCAGAAGCUUCAAGAGCUUGGCAAGAAACUUACCCCAAGUUUUGCGAAGGAGUUGAUGGGGAUCUCUAAGGGCACUCCUAAAGAGCCCAUUGUGAAACAAGAACAGAAGGCCGAGGGUACUCUUAAAGAGCCCUUUGUGGAACAAGAGCAGAAACCUGACCAGGAGCGUGAGGAAGAUAAGGGGUCUUUGGAGAAGGGGGAUGGUACCAAGUGUGAAUCUCUGGGUAAUAAGGUUACUGAAAGAAACGUCAUGGAGAGUCAGGUCGUGAAAAAGAAUGCUGAAGUAAAUGCUAAAAGUGAAAUGGUUGUGGAAAAAUUGGAGACACAUGCUUCGUUAGAUACCAAGACAAUUGGCGAGCAAUCAGAGACAAGUAAUGUCGAGAAUGAGACCGAAGAGGAAACUUCUGCAGAUGAGAAGUGUAAAGACGACACCCUUGCGGCACAAGAUGCAGAUAUGGCUGGAAAUACGAGCAAGGAAUCCCCGGAUCAAGUUAUGGAAACAGAUGAACCGAAUCCUCAAAAAAUGGAUACAAAGGGAGUUGCAGCUAGCGAUCCAGUUAAAGCUAGUGAUGUAGAGAAGGACUCUGAAAAGAAUCCAGGGAAUGUACCUAAAGAUGAGAAGCCGCAGGGGAAAACAAAGUCUGCGAACCCUAGUGAGGAAGAACACAACAAGGAGGACAAACCUCAGGAAAAGGAUGAUAAUAAAUCAGAGGAGGAAACAGACGAUGAGAGUAUACCUGAGGCUAUGGACACAACCCCUGAACCAGGUAAAGACUUUGGCACCCAGACUGACCGUGCCAAGCCGACUACCCUCCAUGUAGGGACUUCAUCCAAGUCCGGUAGUACCCCCACCAUCCAGGCCACAGUCAUCGCCAAGGGGCAAACUGCACAUACCAACCAGCAAGUCCUCGUGGCUAAGACUGCAGGGGGUCAGAUGUACCUCAUCCAGGGGAACGUACUCAUCCCUGUCCAGAACAUCACUGUGCAGCAGCCUAAAGGGGAGCAUGGUGGUAAGGUGAUCACGGUGAACCAGGGGCAUGGGAAGACCUCACAGGUAGUGGUGGGUAACCUGAUGCAUGGUCUUGGCAACGAGAUUCACUCCACGAAGGAGUCCUCAAACACCAGUAAGGGUACGGAAGCGACUAGGGAACAUAAGGAGAUUGACCUUGCAUGCCGAGAGGAGUCGAUAAAGUCCCCUGGGGGUGAGAGUGACGAAGAUGGCCCAAUGAGUGUGGUUAAGACCGAGCGAGCGGUGCCCACGAGUGCACUGAGGUCCCCUGACAAGUCGCCCAACAAGCGAGCAGGGUCGUUAGAAAAAAAGAUUGAUGCUAUAAAGGCCAAGCUGGAGUCGAGUAAAAACCCAAGCUCACCUCAGACCGAAGUCAAGAAACGGAUCGGGCGACCGCCUGGAAGCAAAGAUAAACAGAAGAGAAGGUCGUACCGAACACAUAAGAAAUUAAUGCUUGAAAACGAAGAGCCCGAGGUGAGUAAGACAAGCAAACAUAGAAACGAAAAGCAAACAAAACAUGGACAUUCAAAAACGGCCAGCACAGAGGGUGAGGCUAGCACUAGCAGUAAACGCCCUCUUACGAUCGAUAUCCCAACUGUCAGCAAGGCUCGACCUGCGCCUAAAAAGCGAAAAAUCCUCCCUCCCCCUCCCUCUCCCUCACGCAUCCUAACUAUUCAACCCAGGGGAGGGGUGGACGGGAGCAAAUGGUGCUGCGCGUUUUGCGGUAAACCUUCGAACUCUGACUUCUUAGGAGUGUUAUACGGACCUUAUAAGGCAAAGCUGUCCCGUGAGCGGCGGGAUCUUUCUAGAGAGUGCCGGUCACCGGAAAAACUUCUCUCCCCGGGAGGCCGCAGGAUACCAGAGCUCCCAGAGGAGCUCGAAGGAUCGGAUAUUGAGUUGUGGAUGCAUAAGGACUGUGGGGUGUGGUCACAAGGGGUGUAUAUGCUGGGCCGUACGGUGCACGGAUUGGAGCAGGCGGUAGAGACUGCCGCUACACACAAUUGCUCCAAGUGCUCUGAGUUAGGGGCGACCUUGGCCUGCUUCAGGCGCGGCUGCAACAAAAUCUUCCACUACGCAUGUGCAAAGGAUUCAGGCUGCACUUUCGUCGAAGAGAAUUUCACCAUAUUUUGUUCAUCUCAUAAGAGCACAUAGCUUUAUAACGGAAAUUACGUAGUGUAGUGUACAUAGCAUUUUCCUAUACAAAUAGUAUCAAUACUCUUGUCUGUCA